CUCGACAUGUCAUUGCCCAGAUAAACACAUCACUUUCUCUCUCUUAAAUUUCUGGUUCUUUCUUUCUCUCUCUAGACGCAGCAGCAAUGGCUACUGGAUUGCUCAGGAGAGGGGUUUCAAUCGCCAGGGUUGCCUCAACGACGCCGUUUACCUCCAGAUUUGUGCCGGCUAGGUUUCACGCUUCGGAAGCGGAAGCCCAGAAGGUGGAGCCAAAGGCCAGCUCCAGUUCGAACCUCAAGACCUUCCAAAUCUACCGGUGGAACCCUGACAACCCGUCAAAACCUCAACUUCAGGACUACCAGAUCGACCUGAAAGAAUGUGGACCCAUGGUCUUGGAUGCCCUCAUCAAGAUCAAGAACGAGAUCGACCCUUCUCUCACUUUCCGCCGAUCUUGCCGCGAAGGAAUCUGUGGCUCCUGUGCUAUGAACAUCGACGGCUGUAAUGGGCUUGCGUGCUUGACCAAGAUCCCAUCUGGGACCUCGUCGACGAUUACUCCUUUGCCCCAUAUGUUCGUGAUUAAGGACUUGGUAGUGGACAUGACUAAUUUCUAUAAUCAAUACAAGAGUAUCGAGCCAUGGCUUAAGAGAAAGAACCCUCCUCAGGUUCCGGGGAAGGAGAUAUUGCAGAGUAAGAAAGAUAGGGCUAAGCUUGAUGGGAUGUAUGAGUGUAUAUUGUGUGCUUGCUGUAGCACAUCCUGCCCCAGCUAUUGGUGGAACCCUGAGGCUUACUUGGGGCCAGCUGCUUUGCUCCAUGCUAACAGGUGGAUCAGUGAUAGCCGUGAUGAAUAUACCAACGAACGACUGGAAGCAAUAAAUGAUGAGUUUAAGCUAUACCGCUGCCAUACGAUAUUGAAUUGUGCCCGUGCCUGUCCAAAAGGCUUGAACCCUGGAAAGCAAAUCAUGCACAUUAAGCAGCUCCAGCUAUUAGGUGGCGUAUAAGUUUCUAGAUUGAAGAAAAUCACGAGGAUGUGCAUCAGACCAGUUAUUCUGGGAUUUUUUUGGGGGACCCAUGAAUUUGAUGUUUUAACUUAUAAUAAUAUGUGCACCAAUUGUAUUGUACAUCCCGUUUGUAUUUAAAAUUAUGGUUGAAGUGUGUUACCCUUCCUUUCAAAUAAAUGUUUAUAGAACUUGGGUUUA